GCUUGUUCGCAAUGCGCUCCACAAUCCACCUAACAUACGCCUAGCUCGUCGCACGUACGUAGCCUUAUUCCUCUGGACGCCUCGCUGCUCUCGAUAGGCAUCUUGUCCAACACGUCGUUCCAUUCAUCGCCGUCGUCGCCUCGCCUCUACGCCCGAUCUGCAGGCUGCCGGGUUGGGCCCUUAGACUGCCCGCUGUGCCUGUCGAGAUCUCAAUGUCUCGUCGUCCUCAUCAACGGAAAUGCGAUGGGGCUCCAAGAAUGCUGGGCCGGGCUCAACAAACAUGGAUGGCCGCCGCAUCCUCCAACGCCUUUCCCUCGUCGCAGCACUAGCGGCCCAAUCGCCACCCCUGUCUGCCUCUCUGUCUGCCUCCUGCCGCGGCGCUCCAAUUGUGUGAUCCCACCCCACACAACCGCUCUUUUCCGCCACAAGUACCCCCCAUCAAGAACUCGGCUGCCAGCCUAUUGUCCUUUCGGGUUCAGCCCUGGGCUGCAUUGCAGCUGAAUUGGCUCCAGCUGCCACCGUUUGGUGCUCCCCCGCGGUCCAGCGCUGCUUCGAUUCCUGCCCAGGAUGCCAGGAGAGCCGUGGCGGGUUCAGUCGGUCUUCCGCUUUCGUGGCCAAACCCUUUUUGACCCUGGACGCUUUCACGAGGGCAGCAGACAGGGGCAAAACGGCCGAGAGUUGACGCCCCUGCGCGUAAUGGACCAGCUGCCAGAGCCCACGGCCUUGACCAGCGAACCACGCACCCCAGUUGCGGUGUCACGACCCAUCAAGAUGGGCCCUCGUGAUCCGACCGCAAAGGGGGCCUCGGCACUCUGCCGCCUGGGCUCGUCUAUCUUUUUCCUCCAAAACUGAUGUCAUGCACCGACUGACCUGGGAAUCAAACCACCCCCACUUCCAAUCUCGCGCCCUUUUUUGUCGGCUCCCCGUCGUCUCCAUUUUUGUGAGCCGAAUUGCGAAUCCCAGUUCCAGAAGCCGUUCGGUGAACGAGAUGUGGAAAAAACACCGGCGGUUGGACUAAUGUUGCCCCCUAGCGUCGGGUCGACCGCUCCCUGCCGACUGACGCAAGGGGGUUCGGUUGUUGGUCUGGAAGCCAGCCCAAGACACGGACGGCGACUACUGCAGACGAGGAGGUGGCCUGAAAUUGCCCGACAGGGAGGCUGAUGCAAUGUCCGAAUAACUACUGUAUAAUGGAAAAGGGGACCCAAAGGCAGAGCUUGGUCAAAAUGCCUCGUAUGACGCCCCAAAUCACCUGUACCGCGAGAGUGGCUUUGGGGCUGAUCAUGUGUCGAGCCGCUGAUGCAUUGGGAAUAGAAGCAGCUUUUAUGCAAAGUGCCGUUCCACAGCUUGCCGAAAAAAG